AUGGUGAACAGUCAUGAAACAAGUAAUCCUUCUGAAAAUGCAAAAGUACAGGGAAGGAAAAUGUAUUGGGUAUUAGUCACGCUGUGUAUAACUGCAAGCGUGGGGGGAAGAUCAGUGGGGUUUCUGUUGGGUAGAUAUUACUUCCAGCAAGGAGGUCAUAGCUAUUGGCUCAGAACGCUUUUAACUUCUGUGGGUUCUCCAUUGCUAAUUCUCCCACUGCUCUGCAAUGGACCAACACAGUAUUCCACUUUGCCCACCCUAUCUAUCAAAAUCAAAUAUCUCAGCAUUUGUACAGUACUGGGCGUUUUAUUGGCGGCUAAUAACUUUCUCUACUCGCUGGGCUUUUAUUACCUGCCCGUCUCAACCUUCGCUCUUCUCUGCGCCACUCAGCUGGCCUUCACAGCGGUAUUCUCAAUCCUCAUAGUGAAGCAGAGAAUAACCCAUUACAUUCUAAAUUCAUUAGUACUGAUUACGUUAGGAGCAGUUUUACUGGGCAUCCAAGCCAAGGGCGAAACGACUAAAGAAGUUAAAAGUGGGGAAUAUAAAUGGGGAAUUUUUUCCACCAUUUUAGCAUCCGCACUGGCUGGAUUCAUUCAUCCGGUAUUACAGUUUGUCUUCAACAAGUUGGAGAAGCGCAGCUUUGCAAUGGUGGUGGAAACGCAGGCGUUGAUGUACAUGGCGGCGGGGUGUGUUGCAGUGGUGGGAUUGAUGUGCAGUGGUGAUUUUAAAGACAUAAGUAAAGAAGCGCAGCAGUUUCGGGCAGGAGAGAGAGGGUAUGUUUUUACUCUGUUAUGGUCUGGCAUAAGCUGGCAAAUAGGUUUUGUGGGAACUUACGCACUGGUUUCCAUGGUGUCUUCCUUGUUUUCAAUGGUGGUCAGCACUUUAACGCUGCCAGUUAUUCCAGUCUUAGCUUUGUUUGUCUUCGACGAAAAAAUAAAUUUGUUGAAGGUGAUUGGAAUGGUUUCAGCGAUUUGGGGUUUUGUUUCGUAUGCGUAUGGUGGGUAUAAAGAGUCCAAAAAGGCCGAGAAGGAUCCAUUGCCGGCCUCUCCAGUAUAG